AUGAAGCACGCAGAGGGCACUUCCAACGGCGAUGCCAAUGGCUCUGGAGUCACGGCAGCCAACGCCAAAGUCACACUCGAGGACCUCGCUGUGUCUCCAAAUCUGCCAGGCCAGGUGCCCGCAUUGCUGGACGAGAUAUCUUCUUCCGGGGGGCAGUAUCUCGCAGCAAAUACAGAGGCGAGGUUAAGCCUGCUCGAAUCAGCCAGGUCGCUGGUAUAUGCUUUAGAGACGCCUCGAGAGGCAAUUAUUCGUCACUGCUGGUCAGACUCUACCAAGUAUGCAGCUCUGGAGACGGCUGUCGGCCUGAAUCUUUUCGCUGCCCUAGGAACAGAUGAUACAUCCAGGUCGGUCGCAGAGCUCGCACAGGCAACGGGCUCAGACCCUGCAUUAUUAAGCCGCCUGAUGAAGCACCUGGCUGCCGUGGGUGUGAUAACCGAGACCGGCCACGAUGAGUAUCGCGCAACAGGAUUCUCGAAGGUGCUCACUGGGGAGAAGUACAGUGAUGCCUUUCCACUCAUGACAUCACGCUUUACCCUCGGUAUCCUGGCCCUACCCGCCUUCCUCGAGAAGACCAACCAUCGCAACCCAACCAACGCCACAGACACAGCAUUCCAGCUCGGAUACAAAACCGACAUGGGCUUCUUCAGCCAUCUCCAGCAGGAGCCUAUCACGGCUAGACGCUUCAACAACCACAUGGGUGUUUAUGCGCAGGGCCGGGCGCGCUGGACGGACCCGGGCUUCUACCCAGUGCAGGAACAGCUGGUCGAGGGUACGACUCUGGGAGAAGAGGAUGUACUGCUUGUCGAUGUGGGCGGCAGCUUCGGACAUGACUUGCUGGACUUCCGUCGCAAGUGGCCGAGUGUUCCUGGACGACUUGUGCUGCAGGACCUUCCGGAGGUUGUCUCGUCGGUGAAGGACCUGCAUCCCUCGAUUGACGUUACUGCGCACGAUUUCUUCACGGAGCAGCCAGUUAAAGGUGCCCGCGCAUACUACAUGCACUCCGUCCUCCACGACUGGCCUGACAAUCUCGGGCGUAAGAUCCUGGCUAACCUUGUUGCCGCAAUGAAGCCAGGAUACAGCAAGCUGCUGGUCAAUGAGAAUGUGAUCCCGGACACAGGUGCGUACUGGGAGACGACCAGCCUUGAUAUAAUCAUGAUGCAGAUCGGAUCAGGCGAGCGGACGGAGCGUCAAUGGCGAGCCCUGCUGGAGUCGGCCGGGCUGAAGAUUGUUCAUAUCUGGACUGCGCAGCGCGGAGUUGAGUCUUUGAUUGAGUGUGAGUUGGCUUGA